CCAAUCCCUAAUAGUACCAAAUUGGAGCAAAACACUCCACAAACUCCCUUGCCAAAAAUCCUUCAAAUUUAUAAGUGAAAAUCACCAGUUUAGUAUAAUUUGCAGAACGAGAAUGCUUGAAUUUUAUAAGGGAUAAUGUGAAUUGGGAAAGCUGUUUUUGGGCUGGGUUUCAUUUUUUUUUUUCAGAAUUUGUUUCCUUUAUAGAUCUUAAUUAUUAGGGUUUAUAGAUCUAGGGUUUUUUUAUCUGAAUCCGCGAAUUUGUCUCAAUGGCGUUUCCUCUCCCUGUUACUGCUGCCCAGGUGGGGACAUACUUUGUGGGGCAGUACUAUCAGAUGCUACAAAACCAACCAGAGUUUGUGCAUCAGUUUUACAGUGAUGCAAGCACCAUGCUUCGAGUAGAUGGGAAUGUGAGAGAAACUGCAACUUCAAUGCUGCAUAUUCACCAACUUGUAACGGCGCUUAAUUAUACGGGGAUAGAAAUUAAGACUGCACAUUCUUUAGAAUCCUGGAGUGGUGGAGUCCUGGUGAUGGUUUUGGGUUCUGUGUGUGCAAAGAAUUUCAACGGGAGGAAAAAAUUCUCUGAAACUUUUUUCCUUGCUCCUCAAGAAAAGGGGUACUUUGUUCUGAAUGAUGUUUUCCUUUAUGUUGACGAAGACCAAAUUCUGCCGCACCAGAUUGUUUAUUUACCUCAGAGCAAUAUUGAUGCCAAGAUCAAUUCUUCAGCUAUAACUCGAGAACAAGCUAACAGCUACAUGCGAGGAGGAGAUAUUCAAUCUCAAGAGUUUAUAUCCCCUUCUAAAGUUCAAGAGAAUGUUCCCGUCAAUAAUUAUGACUAUCCUGAAGAACAUCUCAAGCAGGUGCCUGAAAAGGAAAUCAUUACGGAUGAUGAUUUUGCUGUCCGUUCAAACGGCUCUCUUCAGGGAACCCUCAACCAGAAUCCUGAACCUCUGUCGUCCCCAGUAGAGGAACCCAUUGUCGAGACUCAAAAGCAUACAUAUGCGUCCAUAGUUGCUAAAGGUCAAAAUGCGCAUAACAAGAUUGCUAAUGUGGAGAGCCCUCACGUGCAUGAAAACCCUAGCCAACCGCCUGUUAUACCGCCAAGCCAGGUUGAGAAUUCACAAGUGGAGACUCCAGAAGAACCUUUUGUUGUUGAGGAUGAGGGUGAAGUUGAGGUGAAGUCGGUAUAUGUGAGAAAUGUCCCAACGAAGAUGUCUGCUUCUGAGAUUGCAGAGGUGUUCAAGAAGUUUGGUAAGCUCAAGCAAGAUGGUGUAGCCAUUAGAACUCGGAAGAUAAUUACUGAAGCCUUAAUGCCAUCUAAUAUGCAGGAUAUAGAUAUAUGCUACGCAUUCGUCGAAUUUGAAGACAUCGUGGGGGUGCAAAAUGCGAUUAAGGCAUCCACCGUUCAGAUUGGUGCACAUCAGCUCUACAUUGAAGAGCGGAGGCCCAACAGACACACCACUCUUCGUGGAGGAAGAGGCAAAGGUGGUGUUAAAGGAAGGUUUGGGUACCACACGGGAGGUCGUUUUGUGGGCCGUGGUUUUGGAAGGGGGCCCAAUCACGAUUCGUACGAACGUGAUUAUUACUAUAACCGGUCAAGAGGGAAUGGGUACUAUAGGCAGGCCCAUAGACAAGAGAGGGCUUACAAUGCUAGCGACAUUCAACAAGGUUACGAGGAAUGAACGUACUUGUUAAAAUCGGGAAAGGAUGUGAUGUGUUAGAACUCAUGAGUUGGCUGCUGCAUUUUUCUCUCUUUCUUUUUUGGUUAUUUUACAAAUCAGAUGAUUGAUUGGGAUUAGUGCUNGGCAACUUGUGAAAAUCCAUUUGUAUAGAU